GGGAAGCAUACCGAUCCAAAGAUGCAAUACAUUAGCUCUUAAUGCCGGUCUGAUACGUGCUGCUAUUACAGCAACAUCAACCAUCCUGGGGUGAGCAGGAGAGGGCUUUUGGUGCAAAUAGAUUAAAGAAGUGAUCAGAUUGUACAUCAACUUCAUUACAAACAAGAAAGUGUUGAAAGGCCAGCUUGGCAAAUUUCUUUUCAAAAAAAUGGCGUUAGGGAAAUACUCUAGGAUUGAUGACAAGAAAUCAUCGUCUUCUCAUUGUUCCACAGCAACUAUAGUGGUUUUGGUAGCCCUUUGCUUGGUUGGGGUGUGGAUGAUGACAUCGUUAUCUGUUGUACCGACAGACGAUGUGUCUUCCCAGGAGAGAAAUAGUGAACCGAUGACACAAGUGAGUGAGCGUAAUGAGAAUAGUUCAACUGAUGAAGGCAAAACAAAACCGUUUGAUGAUAAUCCAGGUAAUCUACCAGUCGGUGCAACUGAUAAGGACACUGCAGUUCAAGACGAAAAGGUUACAGGUAGCCAAGAUGCAACAACCACAGGAGAAACCCAAGUGGAGAUUGACGAUAAAUCUGUGGUGGAAGAGAAGAAAGAGGAACCCAAGUUUGAAGGCGAACCUAAGGGUGUGUUGGAUAAUGUUGAAGAGAAGAAGGAGAAUGAAGAAUUAAAAGGAGAGGAUAAAGAGUUUGAAGUAGGAGAGAAAACUGAACCCAAGUCUUUUGGAAAUGAUGCUGAAAUAAAACCAGAAGAAACCCCUACCGAUAUCAAAAAUAGUGGUGACAAGGAAAAUGGCAAAGCAGAAGAGAAGGUGGAUGAUACAAAGGACCAAGAAACUUAUGGUGUUAAUCUAAAUAAGAUUUCUCCUGUUCAAUCUCCAAUCCCAUCAGACGUUUCAAAAACAACCAAUGCUUUUGGUGACAAGGAAAAGGUAGAACCAGAGAUGACAGAGGAUAACAAGGACCACGAAGGUUCUGGUGAGAUAAAGGACAAAGUGAAUGAUCUGUUUCCUUCAGCAGCUCAGGCCGAACUUCUAAAUGAAACCAGAACACAAAAUGGAGCAUUUUCAACCCAGGCAAUAGAGUCAAAGAAUGAAAAAAUAGCAGAAAAGUCUUUUGAAUCAGAAAAAGGGAAAGGGUACAGUUGGAAAUUAUGCAAUGUAACAGCUGGCCCUGACUACAUCCCUUGCCUUGAUAAUCUGGAAGCAAUUAAGCACCUUAAGAGUACAAUGCAUUAUGAACACAGAGAAAGACACUGCCCAGUUGAUCCCCCCACUUGCCUCGUUCCCCUCCCAGAAGGAUACCAACGGCCAAUUAAGUGGCCUACAAGUAGGGAAAAGAUAUGGUACCACAAUGUUCCACACACCAAGCUUGCAGAGUAUAAGGGACAUCAGAAUUGGGUCAAAGCUAAUGGUGAAUACCUUACCUUCCCUGGUGGUGGAACCCAGUUUGUACACGGUGCUCUUCAUUAUAUUGAUUUUAUACAACAGUCUGUGCGUGACAUUACCUGGGGAAAACGCACGCGUGUUGUAUUAGACGUAGGGUGUGGUGUUGCAAGCUUUGGAGGCUAUCUUUUUGAUAGAGAUGUGUUGACAAUGUCCUUUGCUCCCAAAGAUGAACACGAAGCUCAGGUGCAGUUUGCUCUCGAAAGAGGCAUUCCUGCUAUUUCUGCUGUCAUGGGUACAAAGAGACUUCCCUUCCCUAGUAGAGUCUUUGAUGUUGUCCAUUGUGCACGCUGCAGAGUGCCAUGGCAUAUUGAAGGUGGGAAACUUUUAUUGGAGCUGAAUCGUUUGCUCCGCCCUGGUGGUUUCUUUGUGUGGUCUGCAACACCAGUUUACCGGAAAAAUCCAGAGGAUGCUGGGAUCUGGGAAGCGAUGAAGAAUCUUACCAAAUCAAUGUGCUGGGACUUGGUUUCAAUUACUAAGGACAAAGUUAAUAAAGUAGGGAUCGCUAUAUAUAGAAAGCCUACAUCUAAUGAUUGCUAUGAACAAAGAUCCCAAGGUGACCCUCCACUCUGCCAAGAAUCUGAUGAUCCUGAUGCAUCAUGGAAUGUGCCUUUACAAGCCUGCAUGCAUAGAGUGCCAACUGCUCCACUAGACCGGGGGUCUCAGUGGCCAGAGCUGUGGCCUAGUAGGUUGGCAAAAUCUCCAUAUUGGUUACAGAGUUCCCAGAUAGGGGUGUAUGGGAAACCAGCACCAGAGGAUUUUGAUGUUGAUUAUCAACACUGGAAGCGAGUGAUUUCCAAAACUUACCUGAACGGAAUGGGGAUUGACUGGUCUAUUGUGCGGAAUGUCAUGGACAUGCAUGCCAUCUAUGGAGGAUUUGCAGCAGCUCUGAAGGACUUGAAUGUGUGGGUUAUGAACAUUAUUUCUGUAGAUUCCCCCGACACACUUCCCAUCAUUUAUGAGAGGGGUCUUUUUGGAAUUUACCAUGACUGGUGUGAAUCGUUUAGCACAUACCCGAGAUCCUAUGAUCUUCUCCAUGCCGAUCAUCUCUUCUCCAAGAUUAAAGCAAAGUGUGGAUUACCAGCAUUGGUUGCAGAGGUGGAUAGGAUUCUGAGACCAGAAGGAAAACUCAUAGUUCGUGACAGUGUGGGGGUCAUAGGGGAGCUGCAAACCAUGUUGAAGUCGAUGCACUACGAGAUUCGGAUGAUGUAUUCGAGGGACAAGGAAGCGCUGCUUUGCGUCAAAAAGACAAUGUGGCGUCCGGAGGAAGUGGAGACAGUCCCUUAUGCUGUUGAGGGAAAUUAAGCAUGUAGCUGCUGCUGCACUUUAUUCAUUGGGUGUUUUUUCUUUUUUUUGUAUCUUUUCUUCAUUGAUCAUUUCUUUUUGGUAAUUAAUGUAUUGUUCUCAGUGUAUCAUUGUUAGGCCUUUAGGUUUGAGUGGGGUUGGGGUUAAAUAACAUUGUUUACCUGUUCUCCAGUUGUGUAGGGAAUAUUACAAGAAUCCAAAGUUGUAAUGAUUAGGCUAAAACAAUAAACUUCUAUCUGGAACAUAAUGAGAGUAAUUUCGACUUUUAGUUUCUUUAUUUGUGGUGUUUCUUUUUGGUUUUGCUAAUUUGAUUCUUGUACCGAAAUAAAAUUUACACUACGAU